AUGCCGACCGAGCUGGAUUUUAGCGCUACUCACACUCCUGCAGGUGCUCCUGGUAGCGAAUUCGUUAACGAGAUCGACUCUUCCCCGGGGGCGUCAUGGGCGUCCCAUUUUGAUGAGACUCCGAUGUCAACUUCAACAGGGCCGGGCGAUAUCCCUGCCCCUAUCGCCACUCCUCCGAAUCACGACAUUUCUAUCGGACAGCGAAUGAUAUCUGCCUCAGCCGGGAAUAUCUUGACCGGGCUUCUUGUCACUCCUCUCGACGUCGUACGUGUCCGUCUACAAUCACAAUCACAGUUCACGAGCGCUGCACAAUACACUACACAUACCACUCAAUCUUUAAAGAACCUCCCUGCGAAUAUCGGAAUCACCUCUUGUUGCCGUGAAGUGUUUUGGGUUGGAGACAAUGCGCAGAUGUGCAUGUUAGGGCCCCAGGCCAGUACAAUUGGAAACCAAGCACAUCCUGCAUUGGACUGUGCUGUCGAAGAAACACAGAGGCGAACCUUCACAUCGACCUUGGAUGGGUUACGGAAAAUUGCUCGCAAUGAAGGCGUGUCUACAUUAUGGCGAGGUCUCAGCGCGACGUUGAUGAUGGGCAUUCCUGCCAACAUCAUUUAUUUCGCCGGUUACGACUGGCUGCGAACCGAUGAUAAGAGUCCCGUCAGAAAAUACGUUCCGGAUGUUUAUGCGCCAUUUAUCGGGGGUGCGAUCGCGAGAACAACAGCUGCUGCCGCCACCAGCCCUGUUGAGAUGUUCCGUACCCGUCUUCAGGCAAUCCCAGGCACAGGUGCUGGUCACUUCAGAGCCACUCUGCAAGACCUGCACAAGAUGACCAAGAACAAAGGUUAUGCCUCUCUUUGGCGUGGACUGUCACUGACGAUGUGGCGCGACGUGCCCUUUUCUGGACUCUAUUGGUGGGGAUAUGAGAAAGUCAAGCUUAAUUUGGAGAAUGCGCGUCAGCAGGCACCGAACAUUUCUGGCGCUGAUCUCGACGCUCCCACCAGUGCUACUGCUUUCUUUGAUAGCUUUAUUGCCGGUGCCACUUCGGGAUCCGUCGCGGCAUUAGUCACAACGCCCUUCGACGUCGGCAAGACGCGGCAACAAGUCUACAGACAUAUGGACGACCACGGCCCUGUCGCCCCACGAUCCACCCUGGUACCCAAACAAAUCGUUCCAGAGCAACUCUCUCUCCCGAAAUUCCUCCUUCAUAUUUUCCGCGAGGAAGGCAUGGCUGGACUCUUCCGUGGCUGGUCGGCGCGCUGCCUUAAGGUCGCGCCAGCCUGCGCAAUCAUGAUCUCUACCUAUGAAUUAGGGAAGCGCAUGGCACGAGAAGUCAAUGAGCGCCGCCACGAAACCUCUUAA